ACGACGUGACGUAACGACAUCCGACAUAAUUAAUUAACGCCGCCAUAUUGUAAAAUUACUAUUGAUCCUGAUUAGAAAGUUUAUUUCCAUUUUUUUUUGGCGUGGUCUGUUUUGUCUAGCUACAAGAUAAUAUAAAUCUACAAUUCCUUAUUGAUUCAUCGAUCAGCAAAAUGGCUGAAGAUCUUGACGUCGAAGCUAUGUUGGAAGCUCCCUACAAGAAAGAUGAUGAAUACACAUCAUCAAAGUCAAGGGAAACGCGAGAAGUCAGCAAGAAGCGGUCAGAGAAGAAGCGCAGGAGCACCAGCAGAAGUCGGAGAAGUACCAGCAGAGGACGAAGAAGUACCAGCAGAAGCAACAGGAGUACCAGCCGAGGCCGUAGAAGUACGAGUCGCAGUCGCCGAAGUACUAGCCGUAGUCGUAGAAGUACCAGCAGGUCUAAAAGAAGUAGGUCGAAAGAGAGACGACGAUCGAAAGAGCGCAGGCGUUCGGUCGAAAAAAGAAGACGUUCCAGAGAUAGAAAGCGUAGAUCCUCGUCUAAAGACAGAAAAAGUCGGUCGAGGGAUCGCAGGGACCGUAGUAAAUCUAAGGACAGAAGAAGUAGAUCUAGAGAUAGACGUAGCAGAUCGAGAGAUAGAAAGAAGCGCGAGCGUCGUGAAAGAAGUCGCACUCCUAAAGAAAGAAAACCGAGCCCAAAAAGACGUACACCUUCACCUACACCAUUCGGCAAACCACCAUUCCUGAAGAGACCUCGUUCUCCCCUCGGCAUCCGAGGAACAUCACCUUUAGAAGAACUAAGCGCUGAAGAGAGAGAUGCCAGGACAGUAUUCAUUAUGCAGUUAUCUCAGAGGAUACGUGCCAGGGACCUGGAGGAUUUCUUCAGUUCAGUAGGAAAAGUACGAGAUGUUAGAAUGAUCGUUUGCAAUAAGACGCGAAGGUUCAAAGGAAUUGCUUAUAUAGAAUUUAAGGAUCCAGAAAGUGUAGCAUUAGCUCUGGGCUUGUCUGGUCAGAAACUUCUUGGUAUUCCUAUAAUAGUUCAACACACCCAAGCAGAAAAGAACCGAAUGGGCAAUUCGAUGCCCAAUAUGCUGCCCAAAGGGAUGAUUGGUCCAAUGAGACUGUAUGUAGGAUCUUUACAUUUUAACAUUACCGAAGAAAUGUUGAGAGGAAUCUUCGAACCGUUUGGCAAAAUCGACAGUAUUCAGCUGGUACAGGAUCCCGAAACUGGAAGAUCCAAAGGAUAUGGGUUCAUUACGUAUCACAGCUGCGACGACGCCAAAAAGGCUCUGGAACAACUAAACGGGUUCGAAUUGGCUGGCAGACCGAUGAAAGUGGGCAACGUAACCGAACGCCUAGAUCUACAACAACAAGGUCCCUCGAUUUUGGAUUCGGACGAACUGGACAGAUCUGGUAUCGAUCUGGGAGCGACUGGUCGAUUGCAGUUGAUGUUUAAGCUGGCAGAGGGCGCUGGAAUGCAAGUACCUCAAGCUGCUGCGAAUGCGUUGAGUAUGGCUACCGGUCAGCCGGUGAUACCCCAAGUACAGACCAACUCGACACCUCCGAUAGCCACUCAGUGCUUUAUGUUAAGUAAUAUGUUCGAUCCAUCAACAGAAUCGAACCCAUCCUGGGACAUAGAAGUCCGAGAUGACGUGAUCGAAGAAUGCAACAAACACGGAGGUGUACUACAUGUCUACGUCGAUAAAGGCUCCCCACAAGGCAACGUAUACGUCAAAUGUCCAUCAAUAGCCACUGCAGUAGCCUCUGUCAACACUUUACAUGGUCGAUGGUUCGCUGGUCGUGUGAUCACGGCUGCCUAUGUUCCUCUGUUGAAUUACCAUUCACUGUUCCCAGACGCCAUGACUACGACCACUUUGUUGUUACCGUCUAGUAGAAAAUAAUGUGAUUAUAUCAGAUCGUUUAAGUGGAGGACAUUUUGUUAGUAGGUACGUGAGACAUUCUCGAGCAAUAUCUUAGGAAUAUUGCCUUUAUAUCACUUGAUACCUAGUCUUUUUUGAGUGUUUUUACGUUUCUGAUCCGUAUUUAAAUACAAUCUGAAGUUAUUAUUAAAAUAAAGAUCUAUACCGAUUCCAUAUUUUUGAUUAACACAUUAAAUGAAUUUGUCUGUCUGGCAUUGGCUAUUAAAAUCCGAGAUCUGAAGAAUUAAGAUACAAUUUGGCAACGUCGCUAGAAUAUUUGCGUAGAUUGGAAGGGUAUUGACUCAUUUUGAUGAUUUAGAUCAAUUUCUGAGUUUAGCUGCCAGUUUAUAUUAAUUACACUGUGUUAGUAAAAGCAUGAAUCACAGGAAGAAACACUAAUUGCAAAAUUUUUCUGUCUGUCAUUUAUCCAAGAUCUCAAGAAUUAAUAUAAUAUUUGGCAAUGUCGCUAGCAUAUUCACGUAUUUUUAAGGGAUAUUCACUCAUUUUUAAUGAUUUAGAUACACUCGGGAGUUUAGUUACCAGUGUGUAUUGUACUCUGUUAGCAAAAGCAUAGAACGAAGGAAAAAACACUAAUUGCAAAAUUUUUCUGUCUGCCAUUUAUCCAAGAUCUCAAGAAUUAAUAUACAAUUUGACAACAUCGCUAGAAUAUUAGCUUAGCUUCCAGUGUAUAUUGCACAUAUUGCUAUCUGUAGAUUUCGGCUAAACUUUUAGAGGAAAUAGAGGUAAGUCUGUCAGUGUUGCCACUUCACCUAUAAUUUCCUGGUUUUCAAGAAAUAGAAAAUAGCCUGCCAAACAGAUUAAUUUAUUUAUCUACUGUCCAUUCAAGAUAGCGAAAUAUACUAGAAAACAAAUGAAUUACAUUUUGUUUUUUCUUUAUUUUGUCAAUAAACUUGUAAAAGUGUUUCUAGUAAGCUUCUGGCAUUAUUUUUUCAAGUCAAGUAUCACAAAAAACACCAUUCAGUCAUAGUUCCGGAAUAUUUGGUUAUCAAUUUUACGUUAAGAAUGAUAUUUAUGUAUUAUUUAGUGGUUUUUGUAAAUAAAAUGUUUUAUAUUUAAAAUUUCGGUAAUAAUUUUAGUUUAAGUUGAUUUAUAUGUAAUAUAAGUCUUUAUAAUAAA